UGUCCCUCACUCACAGUCCUGCCACCACAGCCGUAGCUGCUGCCGCCGCCGUCCUCCGUGCUCUGUCCCUCAACGCACAGCCUCCCGUCUCCAGCGCUGAGGCGGCAGUGCGCGUCCCGGGGCACCUUGCUCUCGACGGGAAUCGUUUAUCUCAGUGAGGACGAGAAGAGACGUGCACGUGAAGGAACCUCAGCGUCGCGGAAUUGUUGACCUCAUAUCAAGGAAGGAGCUGCAGUUUCUCCUGGAGCGAGUGUGUGUUUGUGUGAGUGUGUGAGCGUCGGGCUGCCCAACCCUCUGCUUGGCCUCGCCUCAGCCCAGGACGCUCUUCUGACUCGAUCACCUGAGCCUGCUGGGGAAAAAAUCUGACCUCUAGUUCGUGGAUAUUUUUACGUUGAACUCGACAGCAGGACAUUCCUCCCUCCCGCCAUGGCGCACAAGGACAGCCACACCGCCGUCCUGGAUCGUAUGCUGGAUGACCUGAAGACAACGGUGGGCAGCGACGCAGAGAUGGUAGACGGGCGCUCCGACGGUAGCCUCGUCUCCUCCUUCAGAACCUCCUACUGCGACGAAAGGCCCGAGAGCUUCGUGGAAAUAUUCAGGAGCUCUUCCCGCAACGAGGCUCGCAGCGGGUCGCGUGCCGGGUCUCGCAGCAGCAGCGCCCCGGCAACAGCCGUGGAGGACGGCGGCCAGGUGCGCCACACCCGUCACGAGUACCGCACGCCCGACAACAAGACGCAUGUGGUCACCGAGAAGUACGAGUAUGACACCGGUGACACCAGCAAGACGAAGCACUACCAGAAGAAGGUCAUGAAGUCUACCUACUCCACCUUCAACUCCAUGAGCGCCGGCAGUGUGGAUGACCCACCCGCCCCCGCCCCGCAGGUCUCACCCCCCGCACCACCCGACACCAAAGUUAUCAGUGCUUCCCAGAAAGUUGCAAACAAAUUGGUUGAUGCCCUGUCCAGUAUAGGCAGGGAAGGGACCCACGAGCCGACGCGGGAUUCUUGGGAUUCAGAUUCCCUCAAGACGGAUACCAUGAAAUCUUCCACCACCAUCACCACCGACUACUCCACGCUGGGACGGCUACGGAAGAACAUCAACGAGCUGGACUCGCUUAUUUACUCGUUGGAGGGGUCACAGGUACAGCCACAGGCGACGGAAGGCCAGAGGAUCGUCGAGGUCAAAGAGACUGUAAUUCCUGUCAAAGCCACUGAAAAGAAGGCGCCGGCUCCCGCGGCGGCGCCUGUCAGCCCGGCGAGCGCUACAAGCUCAAAAAAAGAAGUGGUCUUUACAACAGAACAGGUCAAGCCUGAGCCAGUGGAGACCGCUGUGUCUCCAUCACAGACCUCAGCCAAGCAGACCACCAAGACCGUCAUCACCACCAAGAGGACCACGGAGUCCCAUGGUAGCGUGGCGAGUCAGCCCGAAGUGCCGAGAAAGGAAGGGAGCACCACCACUGCCACGCAGCCCCGCACCUCCUCCCUCACCAACGGCACGGUCACCUCCACCAACACCUCCACCAAAUACGAGAACGAGGACUUCGACGACCCCAAGAGCGGCGAGGUGCGGCGCAUCGUGUGGCGCAACAGAUUCGAGAAGACGUACGAGGCGCAGGACUCCAGUCACCCUCCAGCGAUGAGCAUCGAGGAGGAGGCCAGGAGGAGGGAGACGCUGCAGCGCCACCAUCACACCUCCACAUCUGCCUCCACCACAUCGACGCUCUCCUCUCCUCCACAGCGUGGGCCGCAGUCCCCCCGCCAGCCGCAUCUACAGUGUGCAGUGUACUGGCCAGGUUAUGCCGGCGCUCCGCACGUCUCUCCGGGAAGCCAGUCCUGGAAGGAGCCCAUCCCGAUGCCUACUCCUCCACAACUGUCGCCGCGGGAGCCCGGCGUGGCCUACAUCUACACUUACGGAGGGACGGACACCACAGGGAAGUCUGGAGUGCAGCCACUGCCACCCCUCAACUAUGUGAACGUGCCCAGCGCCCAGUCAGUGCCGCCAAGCGAGGGAGCGCCCUCCCCUACACCUUCUUCACAGGUUCAGACACAGCCCAUCAUAUAUCACUACUCCUAUCACUACACCAUCCAGCCCGGCCAGCCCCUCCCUGAAGGGGCUCCUCCCCCUCCUGCCGGCCUGGUCCCUGGCUCCCAGCCAGCGCUUCAAGUGGCGCCGCCCUCAACCCACACUGGUCACCACUCACACGUGUCGCACCACACCCACACCACCACCAACACCACGAACACGGGCCAGCCGGGCCAGCCGGGCCAGCCUGGCCACCCCGGUCACCCCGUCAGCCAGCCUGAAAAGCCCAGUCAGAUUAGUCCUAUUGACCACCCAAGUCAGCCUGGCCAGCCAGGCCAGCCAGGGCAGCCAGGGCAGCCAGGUCACCCAGGCCAUCCAUCCUCCUCAAUUAAUUACAACAUUCACUCCUACACCAGCCGCACCAUCAACCGCACAGACAACACCAACGUGGAUCAUUCUGGCCCACAUGGCCCCGGAGGCCCAGGAGGACCGUAUGGCCCAGGUGGCCCAGGAGGACCGUAUGGCCCCGGUGAUGAUCCAGGCUACCCGCGCAAGCCUCGCGAACCUGUAGGUUCCGACGGUCCAAGCAGCCCCGGCAGUCCUGGUCAGCCCGGCCAACCCGGCCAACCCGGCCACCCAGGCUCAAUUUCUAUCACCAUCAACAAGACCACCACACGCACCACCCACACCGGUGGUUACCCUGGAGGGCCCGAUGGUGACACGCCGCCAGUCACUUCCACUCCCUACUCAAGCCGCGGUCGCUCCGUGUCCCCAGAACCCCGAAGCCCCGGCUCGCCCCAACACGUGACUUACGUCACCAAUGUGUCCAGAACGUCGUAUUCGGACUCGCUGGAACGCGUCCGACGACCCAAGAAUGAGACACUGCCCUUCCCCAACACCUCGCCCAUCAAGUCGCAGGACAACGGCAAGAUUCCUCGCCGCGUGGAUGACCUCAUGACCUCCUUCUCUGACUCCGAGGACGGGCCCGGACUCCCAAGCCGCAGUCCAAGGCGAGGGGACGAUCCAGCCGACCAUGAACCCCUCCUGCCAAGCAAUAACCAGGUGGCGGUGCGAGCAGAGGCAGACGCCAAGGCAGUGGCGGCGGCGGAGGCUAAAGCAGAGCCCACCAAGAACAAGGCCGGGCCCCCAGUCUACUAUCCUCCGGGACACGACUUCCACGAGACUAUGCACACCAUGACACUGAAGGAGGGUCGUCGUCGGGGCAAGGCCAAGUGGAGGAUGGAGCGCUCGGCGGGCUAUAAGGAGAGUUCCUCUCACUCGGAGUCCAAGGGCGGCAUGGCCAUGGUGCCCGUGUGUCUGCCACUUUGCUGCGGCGCCGCCUGCGUCAUCAUGUAGUCACCGGGGUGUCUUGACGAGACUUUGCACAUUUUCACAACAAACACAAAUCUUCUGCUUUGCUUUUUCAUCAGUUCACCGCAAGUAUCAGACCGGUGGAAUGAACAUCUGUAAAAUAAUUAAUUGCAUUUUUUUUUUUUUCUGGCCGUAUUGUGGCGGCUUUGGAGACCUUCAGGCGGCUCAUGAAGGCAGCCCACGCCUGCGGCUCCCAGGCUCUUGCCACGCUUACGCACAAUACGUACACUGUGUUAGUAUGACAUACUUGUGCACACUUUGUGUUUCUGUUAGUUGUUCAUUAUUAUUACAGUUCAUACACAUACAAUUGUAAACCCGACGUCUUUUAAUGUAUAAAGUGAACAUAUUAAUUUGUAAUGUUGUAAAAGCAACACUGGCCUUCUGGCAUCAAUGUUUUCCUCCGCGACACACUCUUUGAAAGUGUUGAGUCUCUGCUCUGGCGCUUCGUCCUCUGUGUCUGGCGGAGGCGUGGCAGCGUGGCUGGUGGAACAUUGUUCCCUCAAGCUCGGCGGGAGCGACGCGGAGUUCUGGUGAGGCGUGAUCGAGGAAGGAUGUCCUGCCUGGUUCCUGGCAAGCCACGCUGCACACACUGGAUGGAGCGGGGCCGAGCAGUGUGCCGCGCAAGGCCCGUAACCAAGGUUGUUAUGGUGUUCGCCACUUGAGGGCUGCCCUCGACUGGUGGCGCCGAGCUAUGCUGCUGCUGAGGCUGUCUUGGCACAGCUCAGGCUGCCUCAGCAGGCAGCCAUCAACCCGUAGUUUAAGUCUGCCCUAACCUACAUGUCUGCCAGCACGGCGACACCCACUUGUGCCUUAACAAGCCUUGUUCCCGCGGCGCCCACUGAGAGGUGGCGCGCAGCACUCAGCUUCCCGCUGUAAAGUUUUCUUUUAGCGCUGGUGCUAAAAGGUUGCCAUAUAUUUUUACAGUUCUAAGUUUUAUGGAAGUUAAUGAGAAUUGAGUGUAGAUGAACCAUGAACAUUAUUACUAGUAUUGCGAAUGAGCUGGGCUGAAGACCCGUCAGUCACGCCCUUUCUUCAGCCUGACAGUGUGCACGAAGACAACCCUUCGGGGUCGGUGACGCUCCCACACCAAUCUUAUCAUUAUGAUUUUCUGUUAUGUUACGUGUCAGUUUCCACUAACUGUAAAAAUAAAAAAAAUAUCUUUAA